GUCCAAGAAAAAGAAUUAUAAUUGGUAUUAGUGGUAACUGACAUGGUACCAUGUGCUGACUGCUUUACCUUGAUGCUUCCAUGGCGAAUUCACCUGGUUCCAUAAAUGGCCUCAUGUGUAUGAUCCUUAACUGCCUAGCCAUUUCUUAAAAGUGAAAAAAAAAAUGCAUAUAAGUUUGUAGUAAGAUUCAGUAUGAGAUCAGAUCCAUUCAAGGUGGCUUCAUCUUUCCUGGUGAAGGUGCAAGAAAACAAAUAGGAUGACUGCCUGCCUAAUUCUAUAUCCUGUAAAAGUUGACAGUUUGGAUAAUGGGUAGAGGGAAUUAUUCCUAAAUACCAUCGCAUAUUAGAAAUAUGAGAGACCUGUUCCCCAUUCCACUAAGGAAAUUGAAGCAAUGACUCAAUGUGCUUUAAUAAAACAGUUUUCCUUAGCUCUCAAGAAGGAUGGUUGAAUAUCAUCAUAAUCACUCAUGACGGUGAUAUGCUGAAAUUGUGAUUUAAAUAUAGUUAAAUGAAACGCUAUAACAGAGCUAGCUGUUUGUUUCUAUGUUAUUAUGCCAGUUUCCCUUCUAUUUUUGUCAUUGGUUUUUGUUUUGUGCUUUUUGAUUAAUUAUACUUCCAACGUUUUGAGAUUGUUGCAUUAGAAUUCUCAACAAAAGUCGAAAAUUGUGAAUCCCAAAAGUUAAAAACAAAUAAUUUUAAAUUUUGGUUUGAGCUAAUUAAUUUAUAAAAUUUACUACCCACCCAACACCAAUCAAGUUGGGCCUCUCACAGUCAUAGCCAAUGAAGACGGUCCAUUUAACAGACCAAAUCCAAACUCGAGCUUUAAUUAUUUUUCGAAAUGCCUUCAAUACCCUUCUUAUGUUUCGUUAAACUUCCUUCCAUACCCCUACAUGUCAUCCCUAAUGUCUUUGCUCAGUUCACUCACUUUGCUCGCUGAUUCCCGCCUGCGAGCCACUCGCCUUAGCAGCCGCUGACGUGGGGGUUUGUGAGCCCAGCCGAGCUCGCCGAAGAAAGCUAGCCAAGUUUUUCAGCUUGAGAUGUUCUUCCUGAGCCAAAUUGAGCACACCUUGCGUGUGCCUCCUGACCUCCAUAACAGUCCGAUACAAGAAGCCAUUAAAGGAGAGCUUGAGAAGCUUUUCUUAGAUAAGGUUAUUGCGAACUUGGGGCUUUGCAUUUCUGUCUAUGAUAUUAGAUCCAUUAAGGGUGGCUUCAUCUUUCCUGCUGAAGGUGCUGCAACUUAUACGGUGGUGUUCACACUGAUUGUGUUCCGUCCAUUUGUGGGAGAGAUUAUAGCUGCAAAACUUAUAGAAUCUAAUGCUGAUGGUUUACGCUUAUCUGUUGGAUUCUUUGAUGACAUUUAUAUACCUGUGAGUCUUUUUCCUGAUCCAUGCCACUCUGAGCCCGAUCCAACAAAAAGGGACAGAGUCAAAUGGAUAUGGGAGUAUGAGGGAGAAAAAUAUGAUUUUGAUGAGCAAGAUGAGAUAAGGUUUCAAGUUCACAGUAUAAAUUAUCCAACAAUUCCAGUUGAGCCACCAAAAGAAUCAAAACCAUUUGCUCCUAUGAAGAUUAUUGGAGCACUAAAUUCAGAGGGUUUGGGCCCUGUUACAUGGUGGAUUUAGCAGGCUGAGAUGGAGGAAACUCAAACGUCAAAGAAAGCAGUGCAUAUAGUUGAGCUUUUCCAUACUCUGGAUUAGGAGCUGAAAUGGAAAACCACUCGGGUUGCUUAGCGGAAAUCUAAUGUCCAUUGAGAAGAAGGUGAACAACUGAAUAGAAAUGGGGAGGUUGUACUAUUACUUUCAUUCUCUUGGCAAAAAAAAGCUUCAGUUGGGGAACUUGGUGAUCCUUAACUCACUUCCUUGUAAUUAUUCCAAGCUUGGAACCAUUUAUUGGAUAAAAUAUACACACUCUCUCUCUCUCGCGCGCGCUCACUUAAAAAAUUUGAAAGUGAUAUAUUUUCGUUUUUUUGUGGAUGGAAUUGUAGUUUCCUCUGUU